GCUUCGAUCUACCGUCAGGGCGGAAGGAUUCUCCGGCGCCGCACGGGAAUGGGAAGGAUCAGCUUCUUCUUUCUGGUACUCCUCUUUGUGGCAUUCACUGCAGCGAUCUACAACACCGCUAGAUUCAUCGCCGCAAACGACAGCACUCUCGGCGGCGGGGAGGAGUUCGAUUUCAAUCCCGGCGGCAAGAAGAAGCUCUUCCACACGGUAGUGACCUCCUCCUCGGGAUCCUACGCGCGCUGGCAAUGCCGGAUCAUGUACUACUGGUUUAAGAAGUUCAAGGACCAGCCAGGGUCGGAGAUGGGCGGAUUCACGAGAAUUCUCCACUCGGCAGCUCCGGACGAUCUCAUGGAUGAGAUCCCGACCUUCGUUGCCGAUCCUCUUCCCUCCGGUUUGGACAAGGGAUACAUAGUACUCCAUCGACCUUGGGCUUUCGUCCAGUGGCUUCGCAAUGCUACCAUUGAGGAAGACUAUAUCUUCAUGGCCGAGCCCGACCAUCUCAUCACGAAGCCUCUUCCAAAUCUGGCUUCCAGGCUGCGGCCCGCGGCGUUUCCAUUCUUUUACAUCACUCCUGAGAAAUACAAGCGCGAGGUUGGAAAGUUUUUCAAAGGACCUGUGCAAGCUAUCGAUCCGGUGGGAAAUUCUCCUGCGAUCAUUCACAAGGCUCAGCUUCUAAGAAUUGCUCCAACUUGGCACAAUCUUUCGAUUCAAAUGAAGCAGGACCAGGAGACUGAUAAAGCAUUUGGCUGGGUUUUGGAGAUGUACGCGUAUGCUAUUGCUUCCGCUGUUCACGGUGUGAAGCACACUUUGCGUAAGGACUUUAUGAUUCAGCCUCCUUGGGAUACAUCACUGGGAGACAAAUAUAUCAUCCAUUACACAUACGGCUGCGAUUACACUCUGGAGGGUGUUUUGACGUACGGGAAAGUUGGAGAAUGGCGUUUCGAUAAGAGAUCGUUUACAGCAGGUGCUCCUCCGCGAAAUUUAACACUGCCACCUGCAAAUGUCCCAGGAAGUGUGGCUAUGCUUGUCAAGAUGAUCAACCAGGCAACAGCUGACAUACCAAACUGGAAAGCUGGAGAGUAGAAGCAAAACCGCGCUUUGGUCUCGCGAUUCUAAAUUUUUCUCGGGAA